UAAAUAACGCUAUGUUCAGUCACGUCGCGUAUCAGAUAAACGCGUGUACGUCGAUCGUAGCGCUCGAGAAGUUUGUGAAUAUUUUAACAAUAACAAUUAAGGAUUUUUUUGUCGUUGAAAAUGGUACAUCAAUCGGACGUUUUUCUCAAUUAUUACAAAUUACCGGGACCUUGGUACAACGUUAAAUACACGAUAUACUACUGGUUUUUUACCGCCGUCAAGAAAAUAUUACGUAUUUUUGACAUCCAUUCCAAACACGGCAGACCCGAAGACAACGACGGACCUCAUCGGCUGAACGAUGUCGUAGGGUAUGAUGCCACGUGGAUAGGUGGCACGACGUCCGACAGCAAAUGGAUCAUACUAGCGCUCGACAGACGAAAGAACUGCAAAAUGUCAAUAGGAUACGUGUAUGUACAGAUUCCGGGAAUUGGGCGCUUGGCCACUCCGAUGUACCCGAAUUCCAUGGAAAAUACUAAGGGAAACAGUGCGAACGGUUUCGCUUUAGACGAAUACAGCCUGACGAUGAGCAAACCUCUCCGACAGUGGUUCAUUACCUUUCAUGGUAAUAUGACAUUUGUAGACGAUCCGAAAAAUACUGUACGCGUGAAGAUAAAUGCCGAUUGGAAGAGCAAACGUGACGUGUGGUUACUGAACCGAGACUUAAGCAGCGAGUCGUUUGCUGAUUCGUUCGCUCUGGAGAACUGGAGAAAGUUCGCCGAGCCACUGUUGGAUCGGUCUAAAGACGACGUGGUGCAUUGGGAACAAUUCGGCGAUCUAAAUGCGAACGUCGAGAUCAACGGGAAUAUAAUUGAAAUUCGUAACGCAAUGACGCUAAGAGACAGGAGCUUCGGUAAGAUAAGGAAUUUCUCAGCGAUGCACAGAUAUUUCUACGUAACUAUAUUCCUUGACGACGGCUGUUCACUUGUGAUCACUGUCGUAUGCCACAAAAUAACGUUUUCUAGAUUGUUUUUCGGAUUCAUCAGCAACGACGACGGCACCUACACCAACAUUGAUUGGUCCGACUUGAAUAUAUAUCAAUUUGGCGAAAACGGCAAAGUCGCCGAGGAAUUAUGUUUUUUAAUUCGAAUAGGUAAGACCGUUCAUACGGUGCAAAUCAGUUGCGACAGCCAGCACUGGUAUCGAUUGGAAAAAGACGUGGUGCGGUGCGAACAAAUCGGAAAAUGUUUGCUCGACUACCGGGUCGGCAAGUGCAUGAUCCAAUCGUUGUACAGCGAGACAUCGUUGAAAGCGAAACCACUGUAUAAACCGUUAGAGUUUUUAGACAAUUAAAAGCCAUUCGGAAAACA